AUGACACAGGCAUUUCUACAGUCCGAAUUGACUAGCCUUAUAUCAGAUUCGAAGCGAAGGCACAACGAUGUGCGGACCGCGGCUGAGCAAUCACUCGCCGACCUUAAGGCCAUCACGGUGACAUCUGAGGCGCAAUUGGCCGGCGACCUCCUCAGACGGCCUCAGUUCAUUGACCCUUUUAUCCUCGCAUGCAAGUCCAAGAACGUCAAACUCGCAAGUAUUGGUACAAUAUGUUUGCAACGCAUGACCGCGAGCACGGCUGUUGCCCGAACCAGGCUCCCCGAUGUGCUCGAUGCUUUCCGCGAUGGGGUGGCCUCUGGAUACGAGGCACAAUUGAAAGUUCUCCAGACCUUACCGUCGCUGCUUCAAUUCUAUGCAAGUGAUCUCCACGGGGAACUGCUUGCAAGGACGCUGGAGAUCUGCGCUGUGCUCCAAUCCAGUAGGACCGCUAUUGUUAGCAACACAGCUGCGGCGACCUUCCAACAGCUAGUCUCCACUGUCUUCGAGCAAGCAAGCAGACCCGGAAACCCUCCCAACUCGACCGAUGACGAGACCGACGCCGCCGAGCAGAGCGAGCCAUCCGUGGAGAUUGCAACGAAAGAUGCAAAUCGUCUUUUCUAUGACUUUUGCAUGCUGCUGGACCAGCAGCGUCCGGUCGUUCUCAAAAUAGAAAACGUCCCGCCUGGUUUCAUGCUUGAGACUAUACAAAUCCUGUUGUCCACUCACAAGUCAUUUCUGACCGCCCAUGCCGAGCAGCAUCCCGAUUGUUGGGAACAUUUGAUGAACGGCCUCUCGCGGGUCUUGGUCAGGAAAGACGCGUUUGGCAUGGUGGUACGUGCUUGGGCCAUACUCCCUUGGCUUUUGCAGGGGUAUGCACAGCUCUUGAAAGAUUCGCUUACACAAAUGAUCCCCAUCAUAUUGUCUGCAUUGGACAAGGAGGGCAAUCCGGCCUGGAGGCGAGCACUUUGCCUAGAGUUCUUCCAAAAAGUAUGCUCCAACUUUUCCGUGCUGAGGAACACGUUCGAGUUGUUCGAUGGCACUAAAGAGUCGCCAAAAUUGGUCGGACAGAUGAUGUCGGCAUUUGUCCGUAUCGCAGCGGAGGAUCCAUCGCUGAUCGGGCUUGGACGUCAGUCGACGGUUCCAGUUCAGAGAGCCAACGAGAUUCGGAGUGAAGAUGUGGCAUCCAUCGAAGCCCAGGGUCUUGGUGGUGCAAUAACAUCUGUAUCUGCGGGCGAGUCAAACAUUACCGGUAUCAGCAUGGAAUGGAGUGUCCUGGAUGUCCCAUUAAUGGAGCAGCCCGACAAACCUGGCCCUCCGGCAAUACCAGGCACCUACAUUUACGCUUUAGUGUUGAACUGCAUCUCAGCUUUCUGUGAUGGUAUGUCCAAGUUCGUCAUGCCCCUGAGCGUUCCUAGCCGGCCCACGCAGCGCCAUUCACAAGAUUCCGCGCAAAGGGACAGUACAGCGCCGGAUCCAACCGACGAAGAUAUUGCUCGCAAGCCCAAUCGGUCAACUACUUCUGUUGCAAAGUAUCAACGUCUUAUUAACCCUUUGACGCUGGCUGAUCAUCCGCAAUCGCUCCAAAUCCGGACUUGUGCCGCCAUGAUCGAGGCUUGCUGGCCGGCUGCUCUUGCAACCUGCUCGACCUUCCUUAAUGCAGCCCUGGACUCUGAGUUCUACCAUCUUUUGGUGAGAUCUGUUCAGAAACUGGCUCAAGUGUCUGGUGUCCUAGAGCUUCCCACGCCUCGGGAUGCAUUGCUCACCACGCUAGCCAAAGCCUCCAUUCCCGCCAACGCAAACGGCGUCAUAUCAGCCUAUCAGAAUUCCACCACCAGUCGAGCCAUAGAUCUCGAAGCUGACAGUACAGAAGAAGACUUGAGGUCUCCUAGCGAGCCGCCCCAGUCCCCAACAUCUCAGACCGCACUUUCGCCUCUCAAUGUGCGACACCUCCUUUGCCUUCGGGCGCUCCUAAACCUCGGCAUUGCUCUUGGACCUACACUGGACCAAGACUCUUGGUUUAUACUCAUUGAGACAAUGCAGACAGUAGAAGCAUUGAUUUCGUUACCUGUCACGUUGGCUAUGAGUUCUCAAUACGGUGGCACUCGUGUUGGGCUCUCUGGCAAUGACGGUCAGACUACACUCGCGAACGAGAUAUCCGCCGUGCAAGCCGCGACGAAGCGGAUGUUGGAAAGCACUCGGGGCUACACGGCAGAAUCCUUUGCUGUAACGGUGAGAGCGUUGUUUCGCCUUCUCGGCCAAGCGGCUCCAAGAGAGAUCGAGUCGCCUGCGGAGGAGGCUUUUGCUCCUACUCUGUCUCCUGCAAGAGCGGGUCCUGAAAGACAUAUCCGUCGCAUUUCCCGGAGCGUAUCAGGACUGUGGACAAAGUCGAAAACUCUGGAUCUCGAGGUUGGUUUCGUCCUCGGAAAAGUCAGCGAUCUUUCCCGCAUUAACAUUCACCGCUUCACGUCCACCUCAGAAACUUCUUGCUCCUGGGAUCUCGUCGGCAGACGACUAAUGGAAAUCUCACAAGCUAGUGACAUACCGGGGAGUCAUCGCGUGCACGCAGCUAGCAUAGUCGAUUUCAUUUCAAUCGAAGUGAUGAAAAUGCUCGACGACCCCGAUAACGGAGUCGAAGAAGCAGAUACCAUCCGAUCCCGUUGUCUGCAGGCUUUAUCAGAUCAGCUAGAUUUCUUGUAUGGGGAACAAUCCAACAUUCAUGGCAGUAUUGAGCUUGAGAUCCAUAAAAUAUGUCUGGAGGCUUUGGAAAGCAUGUUGAGUCACAGCGGAGAAACCCUGGGAAAUGGCUGGCCGAUGGUCUUCAAGAUCUUGUCAAUGACCUUCGUGAAGAGGGAUGGGCGUGAACCUGUCGGCGAUGUAUCAGCCGAUCAAACAGAGAGCCCUGAAGAAAAGGCACAAAUCUUGAGAGUUGCUUUCAGGUCGGUACAGCUCAUCGCCUCGGAUUUCUUGAGCGUCCUCAACCCCAGGUCGUUUGUCCGCUUGGCUCGACUGCUCCAGGAUUUUGGCUCUCAGCCCUACGAUCUCAACGUGGCUCUCACGAGUACGACUCUUUUAUGGAGUCUUGCCUCACAAGUCCUCGCGCAAGUCGAAAAAAUCGACCUAACUUUCAUGCCGUCUCUGGACAUGGUGCCGCAACAUCUGGAUCUGCGCCGUGAGCCGCCAGGACCUUCCAUACUCUGGAGUGUUAUAUUGGUUGAGCUGGUUGAGCUGUGCAAAGAUGGACGGUCUGAUAUCCGUAACGCAGCCAUCAAGAUACUCCUGAAACUGCUUGAGGCGUCCGGCGACAGUCUCAGCUCCAAGGCCUGGUCGAUGACACUGAUUGCUGGACCGUUGAACGUUGUUCGAGCCUGCGUCAAGGACUUUACCUUGAUUGACAAUGCACAGUCAGAGUGGUUGGCGUCUGCGACGGAACUGACGGAUGGGGUCAUCCGCCUGGUUACCGAAAACCUGAACGUAAUGGUGGAGUACGAGGACUUCACCAAGACGUGGCUUGUCAUCCUGGACGUUUUCAAGGACCUCCUCGACACCCUAUCUCUAACCGCAUCGUCCCUGGUCUUUGUCAACUUGUCCAAGCUCCUCUCGUCCCUUGCAGCGGCAGGCAAAGGCGACCCAGACUUUCUGCUACCAGCAAUGCGCCUCUGGGCACAGUAUCAUCCUGCCGACAUCAGGCCAAGCGCUGGUCCAGGGGUAAGGACAGAAGAGGAGAGUCCCAAUCAAACCGCCUUUACCGCUUACUUGCGCACCAUUAUUGAGGCGCACAGGGCCAGCCCAGCGGCAGUGAUGAGCUUUCAAUUUGACCACCUUGGAAUGGCGUCCAUUCUAAUGAAGGCAACCGAGCGCGCAGUGAUCUUUUCUACCCACCCUCCAUACACCAGCGAUGUGAAGAGCCUCGCACCGGAGCAGAAAGAGGCUCUUGAGUGCCUGACGAUCUUGAAAGAUCUCCUAUCUGGCGGAGUUGCCGAAUACACUCGGUUUCUUCUUCAAUUGUUGAGACACAUUUUGGGCAUUCAAGAUGGACACGUCAACUAUAGGCUAAAGAAACCCGCGUUGACCAAAGCCAUCCAAAAGCCUACGUUCAUUGCAUUCGCGUCAGCAUGUUUAGACGGCUUACGGGGCCUGAUACACGAACACGCCAAAAGUGAAAAUUUCAUAGAGGUCCUCGCGGUGGAAGAAUCUCUUCAUGUCCUCGGCGCCAUAAUCGACACCAAAUAUACUGUCAUUCCAACCAAUCGACAGGCGCCGCUAUGGCGAAAUGCAACAGUCACAGCGGUGGCCAUGCUGGAGGCGCUACGGACCCACGUUGAGCGCCAUAGCACCACAGCAGGAGAGCUGGCUCGUCUCGAUUCACUCGGAAAAUACAUCAUCCUAACUGUUGCCCGAAUUCUCGGAUGCGGUGGCCUAUCGAAACCUCCAGCCAAGCAAACUGAAGAAACUCUUCUCCAAGACGAGGCGUUUGACAUUGAUCACUUCCAAGUGGCACACGCUGCGGUGGUUCCAAUCUUCCAAGACGAUGAGAUCAGUGAAGAGACCUGCCGACUAUAUGUGAUUACCUUGUUCAAGGCAUCACUGCUGACGGAACCCUGGUUCGGUGAUAUGCCGGACGACCUCGCCCACGAGCCCUUGAAAGCUUUGAUAGAGGUGAGGCCGGGUAGUGUCCGUCAGCCUACAUUUGGUGUGAGAAGAGAAAUCUGCUACACUGCCCUGGACGCACUGUUUGAUCUUGUGCGGUUGCCGCCGCCGGCUAGCAGUAAAAGCGAGGUUGCCAGCGGCAGUGGACACAAAUUGGCAUACACUGCAUCUCCCUACCUGUGUCUGCGGGUGGUUCAUCCACUCAAAGUGUUCCUCGCCGAUCAACGUCUACGAGGCUUGACGCCCCCACCAAUGCCGCAACAAAUCGAGCUGCAAGCCGUGCUGUUCAAGUUCGUGGAACUACGUAGCGACAACGAGGCCUUUGAGAGAUUAAUCGGUUCCGCGCGCAAGAGCGGACACGUACAGUCUGACGAUAUGGGCAGGACUUCGAGCUUUCUGAAAGACGGGAAAGAGCACCUCCGUGUCCUGUACCCAUUCAUACUCCGUGUGCAGAGAUUUUGGCGGGAAUUGCCUCGACUGAAAAGCGAAGGCGCCUGGCAAGCCGAUGAACCAGGGAGAGGCAUAGAUGAUACUUUGGAACGGUGGAACCUGGUCCUGGCAGAAGAUUGGGAUUUCUACUAG